AUGCCUGCUACGAUAGUUCAAGACACUCUCAUUCCUGGCUUGAAAUCCAUUUAUCAGUGGCCCUCUGACCGUGUUUUUUGUCUGGUCAUAGCCGGAGCGCUCGUUUUUAAAGCCACGGCCUGGGUUUGGUACUAUGUGGGCGGAUUCGGGUUUCAAAUAUCUCUCAAAAUGCUCAAACACCACACGCUGCGACCUCUGUUCAACUUCCUGGCCAGCUCGUUUCUGCUGAGAACCAAAGUCAAUAGCGAGGUCGACAAAAGUCUUUCCAGUAUUGAAGAGAGUCUUAUGAAGCAAGACGAACAAUUGACCUCUUUUGUCAAGCUGCCCUCCAAAGGCUGGGGCGAAAAACAAGUAAUUGAAGAGCUAGAUCUAUCGCAAAAAGUACUGUCUCACUCUGACUGGGAAGGUGGCAAAGUGUCCGGUGCCGUGUAUCAUGGUGGGAAAGACUUGAUACAUCUGCAGAGUCAGGCUUUUGAGAAGUAUUGUGUGGCUAAUCAGCUUCAUCCGGAUGUGUUCCCCGCGGUUAGAAAAAUGGAAUCUGAAGUCGUGGCAAUGGUUCUGGACAUGUUCAAUGCGCCAAAAGCCACGGGUUGUGGCACUACUACUUCUGGCGGCACAGAGUCGCUUCUAUUGGCGUGUUUGAGCGCCAAAAUGUACGCAUUACAUCGUAAAGGCUGCAAAAAACCCGAAAUUAUUGCCCCAUCUACAGCUCAUGCAGCUUUCGAAAAAGCUGCUUACUACUUUGGUAUUACUCUAAGACAUGCGCCGCUAGACCCAAAAACCUACAAAGUUGAUCUUAAAAGGGUUCGUCGAUUAAUUAACAAGAAUACUGUGCUUCUCGUGGGAUCUGCGCCAAACUUUCCUCAUGGGAUUGUUGACGACAUUGAAGGCCUGGGGAAACUGGCACAACAAUACGACAUUCCUCUGCAUGUUGAUUGUUGUUUGGGCUCAUUUGUUAUUGCACACAUGGAGAGAGCAGGCUUCAAAGAAAUUCCACCGUUUGACUUUAGAGUCGACGGUGUGACAUCGAUUUCCUGCGACACUCACAAAUAUGGUUUUGCUCCGAAAGGCUCCUCGGUGAUACUGUACAGAAAUGGGGAACUGAGAAGAUACCAGUAUUUUUUGUCGGCUGAUUGGUGUGGCGGCUUAUAUGGUUCCCCAACACUAGCAGGCAGUCGACCAGGAGCUCUUGUGGUCGGCUGCUGGGCCACAAUGAUUCACAUGGGGGAGCAAGGCUAUAUUGACUCUUGCAAACAGAUCAUAGAAACCACCAGAAAGCUCAAAAAAUAUGUUCAGGAUCAAAUUCCUGAGCUCCAAGUCGUUGGCGACCCGCUGUGUUCCGUAGUUGCCGUUACAUCUGACAAAAUCAACGUACAUGAUCUUUCAGACAAGCUGACUCAAAAGGGCUGGCAUUUGAGUGCAUUGCAAAAUCCUCCAGCUUUACACUUGGCCGUGACAUGGCUAACGAGGUCCGCUAUUGACGAACUUACUCGCACACUACAUGAUUGUGUCAAAGAGCUUUGUGCACACGCAAAUCAAAAAUCGUCAUCUGAUGGAACUAGUGCUCUAUAUGGGGUUGCAGGCAGCGUCCAGACCAGGGGAAUUGUUGAUCGUUUACUCGUUGGGUUCUUAGACACGCUUUACAAAACCGAACGGGAUUUUUAA